CAGCAGAAUCUGCUGUUUCUAAAUCUACUGUCUCAAAACCUGCUCAAAACUCUGAAAAUACUUAGAGAAAAAAUGCUCAUACUUCUCUUCAUAAGAAAGAAGAGAAGAAAAUGCAAAAACAGAAAAAUAUUCAAAUCUUCAGAAAUAGAAGACUUAUUCUUAAAGUCUCAAAUACAGAGAUUCUUGAUAGCUUCAAUUGAGUCAUCUUUCUUUGAAAACUCUAUCAUUCUAACUACAAUGUCUGAAUUCAAGAUAUCAAAUGUGAUUUCUAUGCUAGAGAUCACAAAACUAGUGAGUAUAAAUGUGAAAUAUACUCAAAAAGAGAUAAAAUAUGUUAAUAUACUCUGGUUAAAUACUCUAACUGUAAAGAAAAGCAUGUGUCUA